GUACUUGUCAAGGUUACAGUUAUGAGGUUGUACAGAUAAAAGUAAAUAUGCUUCACUAACAAAAGGUAUAUAUUUGAAAUGGAGCAAACCGUUACACAAUCACCUCCCGUGUUGUCUGUAUGUAUUGUACAGUCGGUAGCCUUCUCUGACAUUUACUCCCUAAUCCAUUAGUGCUUGUUGUCCCGCUUAUUCAAAUGCGUGAACGACAUCAGGUGUGUGACUAGAGGAGAGCACUCACUGAGCUGCAAAGGUAGAGUGAACCUCCCACAUGAGUGCGUCAGCCGCUGUCUGCGCCCAUUAUUUUAGCAAAUCACCAGAUAUCCUUGAACGCCGCUGCUCUCUCUCCUCCCUCCUCCUCCUCCUGCCUCUCGCUCUCCUCUCUCUCACUAGCCUUCAUUAUUCUGCACCUGUCAGCAGCGGACGCUGCACGUUCAUCCAUCUUUCGUCUCCUUUUUUUUUUUAAUUUACCCCCAUGACUUCAGCGAAAGACGCCAACAGGCCGGGGAAAGGGGCUCAGCAGCCGGACCAGGACCUGGUGGGCAGUGCUCCACCGCAGAGGAACUGGAAAGGAAUCGCCAUUGCCCUGCUGGUCAUCCUCUUCAUCUGCUCCUUGAUUGUCACCUCCGUCAUCCUGCUCACCCCUCGUGAAGAUGACAGUCUGGCCCUCAAGAAGAAAGUCACUCUGGACGACGUCUUUGGUCCAGGCCUUCGCAUCCACGACCCCGACGCCGCGUGGCUCAGCGGUGAAGAGCUGCUGUAUCGUACGAGGGAGGGCGAUGUUGUCAGGAUUAAUGUGGACACAGGCGAGACCACUGUUGUGGUGCCAAACCAGAUGUUUGAACGAUCCAAGGCCAGCAGGUACCAAGUGUCACCUGACCUGCAACAUGUGCUCUUUGCCUUCGACAUGAAACUGAUAUACCAGCACUCCUACGUGGCCAAGUACAUCAUUUACAGCCUCGUUACGCAGGAAACAUGGCCGCUCAAUCCUCCCGAAGUGCAUCAUGAAGCCGUCCUGCAGUUUGCUGGUUGGGGACCUAAAGGCCAGCAGCUGAUCUUCAUCUUUGAGAACAACAUCUACUACAGAGCGACAGUAGAAAGUGGCAGUAUUCGCCUGGUUUCCAGCGGCAAGGAGGGCGAGGUCUUCAACGGGCUGCCUGAUUGGCUGUAUGAAGAGGAGAUCCUGCAGAGCUACAAGGCCCACUGGUGGUCUCCUGAUGGGCUGCGUCUGGCCUACAUGACCAUUAAUGACACGCUGGUGCCAAAGAUGGAAGUUCCCUUUUUCACAGGAACGCCGUACCCCAACACGUUGGAAUACCACUACCCAAAGGCUGGGGAGGAAAACCCUGUUGUACACCUGUCUGUGGUGAGCCUCAACGGUCCUCUGCACACCGUGGUCAUGAAGAAACCUGACGACCCCCGCAUUGGGAGGGAGUAUUACAUCACCAUGGUGAAGUGGGCCACCAGCACCAAACUGGCCGUCAAUUGGCUGAACAGAGCUCAGAACAACUCCAUACUGACGCUAUGUGAGGCAACCACUGGAGUCUGCAUCAAGAAACACGAAGAUGAGAGCACGAGUUGGUUGCACAGACAGAAUGAAGCGCCACUGUUUUCCCAUGAUGGACACAAGUUCUUCUUCACCAGAGCAAUUCCUCAGGGCGGCAAAGGAAAGUUUUUCCACAUUUCUAUGUCCACCUCCUUGCCCAACACGAGCUUCGACAUACAGUCCCUGACCUCGGGGGACUGGGAUGUCACCAACAUCUUGGCCUACAACCACCAAAGGAACCUCAUAUACUUCCUGAGCACAGAGGAUGACCCCAAGCGGAGACACUUGUACAGCACGGACACAAUUCCUCCUUUCAACCGCUGCUGCCUGUCCUGCCACUUCAAGUGCGGCUAUGUGGACGUGUCCUUCAGCCAAAACAUGCACUACUUCCUGCUCAGCUGUAAAGGGCCUGACAUUCCCAGUGUGGCCCUCUACAGGACAGAGGACAUACAGAGUGAGUUAUUUUACCUUAGCCAGGUCUUCUUUUCUGACAAACGGCCAUUCACAGCUUGCGUUGUGCUCUUGCGUGCAGAGUUGUUCGACUUGGAGACAAACGAGCACGUCAACCACACGUACCACAACAUGCAGAUGCCCAGAGUGGAGUACGAGAACGUCACCAUUGACGACUACACCCUCAAAAUGCAGGUUCUGAAGCCAGCUGGUUUCGUGGAGACAGCCCAUUACCCGUUACUGCUGCUGGUCGAUGGGACACCCGGUGGCCAGAUGGAGACAGAGCAGUUCCAGGUGGACUGGGCCAGCGUCCUGGUCAGCAGCUUCGGCACCAUCGUCAUCCGCUUCGACGGCCACGGCAGCGGCUUCCAGGGUACCAACCUCCUCCACAAAGUGAGGGGGAGGCUGGGUAAGCUGGAGGAGAGAGACCAGCUGGAGGCACUGAGGUCCAUAUCCAAAAAACCGUAUAUCGACAAGUCUCGAAUGGGAGUCUAUGGGAAGGCCUAUGGAGGAUACUUAGCCACACUGCUGCUCAGCUCCAUGGACUUUAAUGAGCUUAAGUGUGGAACUGCUGUCUCACCAAUCACAGAUUUUGAACUUUAUGCAUCAGCCUUUUCAGAACGAUACCUGGGCCCAAAAACAGACUCCCGAGCAUACACGUUGGCCAAUUUAGCCCUGAGAGCAGGUCAGCUGAUGCAGAAGCAGUACUUGAUCAUCCACCCCACGGCAGAUGAAAAAGUUCACUUUCAGCACACGGCCAAGUUUAUCAACCAUUUAAUCAGCGAGAAGGCCAAUUACACUCUGCAGAUCUACCCAGAUGAAGGCCACUUCCUGCACGGCGACGACACCCGGCAGCACCUGAGCCGCUCAUUGGUCAACUUCUUCGUGGAGUGUUUCCGGCUACCGGAAGUGCUGAAGGACGAAGAGGAGAAGUUGGACGAGGACGACAGCUAGACACGCCAUGGGCGACCACGACUAACACACGCAGCACAAUAUGCCACACGCAAACAAAGUGACACGUCUGAGCACACUCGGAAGUGCCGAACCUGCAUGUUGUGAUGGGCGUCGACUUACGUAACUCCCUUCCUCUCAUGUCCUCACUUGCUCCAGAUCAUUGGACAUGUUGUUGAUGGAGUGCGUCCUCUGGUGGACACAUGCAGGACAUCCAUGGGAAGGACUAAAACAGCCACUAAGUACACUCACUGGGCAUUUGAUUAGGUACUAUCUCAUAAUAUCCCAUUCAAAAAAGAUAAUGCACAGUUUUGAUUGUUUCUAAUGUGGUGGUUUUGUCAUGAGGCUACCCUGAAAUGUUUAUAUUGUAGUCAUUUUUCUUUAGAUUAAAUCAUGUAAUUAAAU